CUGUCUCGAAGACAAUCAAACUUCAAACCACGUCGCUACUCUUCAAUCUUGUGCUCCCAUAACUGCGCGCGUCGCACAAAUCUGCAUAAUCGCAAUUCAAAAAAUGGUUCUAUGCGAUCGAUGGCGGCAAAGUCAGAUUCAUCUAACAAGGGCAAUGAUAUAAACAAGACUACCCUAACGAACAUACUGCCAGUGGCUUUGAUACAGUCUAAAUCUGCGACCACUUCCACAAAAAUCAUGUUGAUUCCGCUUAACUUGUUUGACGGUGACGAUGAUGCCAGCAAAAACACCAUGAAGACUUUAUCUAUUAUUCGAGAACAUGCUAGACAAAUUGAAGCUUUUUCCGAAAAUGUAUUGGGCACAGCAGAAUCAACACAUUAUGGCGUGCCAUUGGCAAGUAAUAACGCUGAAACAUUGCUGGAUCAAUGUUCUGGGCAAGACGAUGUUACUUUAUGGACUCAUGACGAGGAAAUGUCCAAUUCACAUGCAUUACAACAUUGUGAAGAGACGAUCAAGAGCAAGCAUAUAUCGCUUUACGAAAAACUUGAGCGUGCCAUGGCCGAACAAGAACGUAAUCGUAUCGAAACGCAUGACUGUUACGAAGUAGCGGCCUGGAAUAGUUCCAAGCGUGACUUGGUUGUGUUUGUACCCGAAAAUUUAGAGCAGAAAUUGCAACAAAUGGCAAUAGCAUCUAUGCAGUUGGUAUUUGAAAUGGAUAUGAGUAAUAUACGUGAUGCUAUUUUUAGAAGUGCGGCUUUAGAGAAAAUUAACAUGUUUAAACCUCCAACACCGAAAACUUUGACAGAUCCCACAGUGAAAAUUGAAGCUAAUUUGGAUUUAGAAAGCGCUAAAACCGAAUGCACUAUUCCUCUUGACUUCAAUGCUAUGAUUCAGGGUACCGUCGAAAUUGAUCCAUCCAAAUACACACCCAGCGUUCUAGGCGAGAUCAAAGUGCCGGAGUUCAAUGAUUGUGUCACAACCAUAGCGGCUAAUAUAUGUAGUACAGCAUUACAGAAGGGAUUUCCGGCGGAUCUCAGCCGAAUGGCAUAUUCUACAAAGCCGCCAGCUAAAACUAAAACCGACGCAAAUCGAGAUCCACACAUUGUUUGUGUUCGCAACGGUUCCAAAGGGUGUGUUUCACCAGGUAACGCCGCUUAUCCAAAAUUCAUACCUCAAGGCGCAACCGUAAAUACGGAAGAAGCUAAAGGAUUAGAAAAGUCGAACAAAACUAGUAUAUCGUCAGAAAUCUCUCUACUUUCGUCUUCGGAAAUCAUUGACGCUUAUAAUUCACGCGGUCUAAUGAGUUGUAAAGCUUAUGCCAGGGCGCUAAUUGAAGCAACUAAACGACGUGCUGAGAUUGCCAACACGAGUUCUGUACAAUGCGAUGAAAAGAAAACUGUGAAAAAAGAAGCGUUCAAGAAGAAAGAUAAGUGCGGUGACCCUAAAAACAAUCCAUGUACCAAACCUCUAUUAGAUGAAUGUGGUAACGAGUUAAAAAAGAAUUGUCCAACUAGGAAAAAGGAAGAGAAGAAGAAAGAUCCUUGCAAGAGUGAUCCUUGUAAAAAGGCGGCUAGUAAAGACAAAGGAUCUUGUACCACACCGGGUGUACCGAAACCCUGUGCAGGUAAGCGUAAAAAGAAGUCGUCCAAGGAUAAGGGGAAAAAGGACAUAUGUGGAAAUUCGAAGAAAGGAAAUAGAUGUAAUAGUGAAACUGAUGCAUGCCAACAGGAGAAAAAAUGCCCAAAACCAAAGAAGAAGAAAUGUGAUUUAGGUGAUCCCUGUAAGGAUCCGUGUCUAAACAUCAAUGAAAAAUCUGAUAAAAACAAAAAGGAAUUCUCUUCUGGAAAAGAUAGCAAAUGUAAGACGGUGAAGAGUUUAUGUGAUGUGAAAAAAACCCAAUCUUCGACCUGUAAUAAUGAUAAGGCACCAAAGAAAUGUAAGAGCGCCAGUGACGUAAAAAAAGCUGAUAAUAAAUGCGCAUCCUCAAAAGCAAAAAAAUCCGACUCCUCUAAAAGUAAAUGCAAGCCAUUUAAUAGUGUUUGCCCUAAGGAUAGUAAUAAGUCAAAAUGUGGAUCAGACGGAAAAUCAGGUAAAAAUGCGAAAAACCUUUGCGACGUAAAAAAAUCACCAUCUACAUCUUCAUGUGAAAAUAAGUCCAAAUCAUCCGCAAACAAAGAGUGUAAACGUUAUGAAGGCUUUUGCAAAAAUAAAGAUUCAAAAUCCUCCUGCUCAACAGCUAAAGACCCAUGUAAGAAAUCAAAUGAUUCGCGUGCAUCUGGAGAUAAAUCAGAGUCGAAAUGCAAACCUAUCAAAAAUCUAUGCGAUACAAAGAAAUCGAAAUCGCCAUGCACCAAGGACAAAAAGCCCGAUUGCAAGUCUGAAAAUAUACCGAAGGGAGAUUCAAAAUGCAAACCCAUUAAAAGUCUAUGCGAUGCAAAGAAAUCAGCAUCUUCAGACAAAAAGUCUUCCAGCAAGCCAACUGACUGCAAGAAAGCUAAAUCGUCGUCGUCUAAGAGUGACUCAAAAGAUCAGUGUCAGAAGAAAAAGUCAACAAAACCCAAUUGCAAAACCAAACCCGGCUCUUCUGCAAAGAAGUACAGCACCUUGGCGAAUAACCAGUUAUUUGUGGAAAUAUCACCCAUUAAACGUUACUUCAGCACAAUUCCCGUAUACGCUGUUCUACGUGGAUUCAUUUCAUGGCGACAGCUCAGUUCGAAGAAAAGUUCUAAAGGGAAAAAGAAAGGCAGCAAGGAUGAUGGAAUGUGCAUGAAGUUUCAAUCAAAACCAAAGAUGAAACGCAUUGAUAAACUUGAACGUAGGAAACCGAAAACAGACUGUUAUAGCGAUCCUGAUGAGUGUCAAGAGCAAGCCUGUAAGGAUCCUUUGAAAUCCAGCUGUGCCAAUAGUAAAAAGGAAAAUGAGAAUCCCUCACCGCUCAGCUUUAGAACGUGCUUGAAUGUGACUACUUCCUUACCUGCCCUUCACAAAAGAAAUUAUGGAUCGGAUUCCUAUAAUGAAAACCGAGCUCAAUGCUACGAAGAAGGCAGAAAAAGUUAUGAAUCUGAAAACCAGCAGGAAGUUGAGCGAUGUGCUGAUGAAGAAGAUACUAAUUCAUAUCUUAUAAACAAGACAAGAAACGAAGUGAUUAGAAUAAUGGAACCAUGUACAGUCGAACGUUGUUUAGAAGCAUUACCAAAGUUUAAUGAAUAUGAUGUUCUGAUACGCACCGAAGCAGUUGCAAUUUCAGGAUCUGAUCUGCAUUACUACGAAACUGGAGGGAAAUCCUAUCCCGGCAUGACGCUGGGUCACGAUGCAUCUGGCAUAGUUCAAGAAGUUGGUUGUUCAAUAACGAAAAUUCGACCAGGCGACCGUGUUGUUGUUGAAUCAGGCUUAGCAUGUGGAAUUUGCGACUAUUGCAAGAAAGGCUGCUACAACAUCUGCAACAAUUUAAUAUUUAAUGGAUUUCUACGCAAAUACCAAGUUCACCCCGCUGAUUUGUGUCACAAAAUUCCAGCCGAUGUCGAUAUGAUCGAAGCGACUCUUACGCAAACGUUGGCGCUUGGAUGUCAGGCUUGUUUCAAAGCACAAGUUCUACCCACGACAAACAUACUAAUAAUCGGUGCUAGUCCCACUGCCAUUUCGGCGGCAUUGUGCGCACGCGCGAUCGGUGUUGGUAACAUCUGUAUAGCGUCCACUAUAAAAGAUCCACUCGAAACAAUUGAGAAUACCUUUCACUUUAAAUGCAUGCACUAUGAUGCCGAUAUGCAGUAUUGCAUGAUACUUGAGUGUUUAUAUAGCGUUUUACAUGACUGGCCAGAUGCUGUUAUAAACUGUGCCGUUUCAGAGAAAUCGAUGAAUUUAUCUGUAAUGGCACUGAAGCCAUGCGGUAUAUGCGUACUAGCGGAGUGCGAUGCGGAGUGUGCGUGUUUCAAUGCAAUGGAUGUGCUUAUGAAAAAUCUAAAACUGAUUCCGAGCUUUCGUUCAAUUAAUAUGUUCCCAACAGCACUACAGCUGAUUGAUGGAGGUAAAGCGCCUAUUGGUCGACUAGUUGCAAAUGUAUUUCAAUGGUGCAAAGUUGAACAGGCUUUUCGGAAGGCAUUACAUGAAUCAAAUGUUGGUAAUAAAAAGGUUGUAAUAAGAUGUGCUGCGGAAGAAGACAAAGAUAUAUACAAGAAGGAAGAUUGCAAAACUUAGACCAAUAAAAACUAAAAAAAUGGUAUUUAUAAGUGAAAUUGUAUAUGUGAUAGCUUUUACUCUCGCUCUUUUUCUGCAAUAUAAAAUAAAAUUACGAUAAAGAA